CACACACAGUGAAGGGAGGGAUUUUCUUGACUGAUGUUUAUGGCGAAAUGGUGGUACCCCUAUUAUUUAAUGGGGUAAAUAGAAACUGACUGAUUACUCAGGCCUCCUCUGCCAUGGAAUAAAAAUGGAAUGUUUUAAGGAUGUGGUAACAGGCCCGGAAAUCUCAUUUUCAUGGCAAACAUUUGACUCGAGUAAAAGUUUUUUUUUUUGUUUUUUUUUUUUCGUUGUUAAAUCCUGUGAGGACCAAGGCGGGUUCCCGCGCUUUCUAUUGACGUCACGCCCCGGAAAGAGCUGCGCCAAAUACGGAUGCCGAUGGGAUCUGAAAGUAGCAUUUUCAAUCAGAUGCGAGCUUUAAAUGAUCUCAGUGUUAUCUGGUAUCUUUGACGUGUUUUUCUGCAGUUAUGUGAUUUGAAAUCCCUGUGAAGUUCCCCACCUCUCCUCCUGAGACAGUAAUAUGCCUCUGGAGGAGGGACCCACACCCACUGCUGGAAAUGCAGAUAGGGAGCAAACCAACAUGGCCAGCAGGCCCAGCAGCUUGGAACAGCCUGUCGCUGGUCCCUCAAACCCUUCACAGCGACAGGGCUUCUGCAGCUACUGUCAGGUCGUGUAUAACAGCAUAGAGCAGCACAUCCAGAGCACCCGGCACAGAGAAGUGGUGGUACGAGCAGCGAGGACAAAUGUGUCCUCUGGAAGCCUGCUGGAGAGAUUCCUCCAGGACGUGCUUCAUCACCAUCCUCAUGGCUACAACGACACACGUCCUUCCCAUGCUGACUUACCUUGCCUGAGUACGUUACCGGUUCCAAGAGAAGUAUUAUCAGAAUUGUACUGUAGAUCAGAGGACAACGGGCUCUCUGUUGGGACCAGAGAGGAAAUGCUCAGCUCUGAUGAAGAAUCCUGUCAGAUGGUGAAAGUUGAACCCACCACCACAUGUAGUAUGAGUCAAGAACAAGCAAGCACUUCUGUAGCUAUGCCAUUGGGUAUUGCGAUAGAAACAAGUGCACAAACCAGCCUUAAAACAGUAAAAAUGAAAGUUGAACCCCCAUUCCCUGAAAGGUAUUCCCCCACACAGGGGUUCUUACAUAGGACUAGUAGCGAAUCUGGUAUAGACAAACAACACACCUCAAAACUGUUGCCACACACAGUAACUUCACAAAUCCAACAGACUUGUAGCUCACAGACUCCUGGAUCCCAGAAGUUCCAGCACAGGAAAGCACACAGAAAAACAAAUAGACAUCGAGAAGACAAUGAUUCAAGCCCAGGCACCCCUGCAUCACCAGUCACAAAGUGCAUUACCUCAAAAGCCCAGCAUGGGCACUUGCAGCUAGCUAGGACUGCAGUGCUACCACCCUGGAAGGGGCCACACAGGGAACGGGCAUCCAGCGAAAAGUCAGACCAAAUACGUGAGGUAAUCGAAGAGGUUAUCGAGCGGCACUGCUAUGGUCGUAGUCCUAAACCCAACCAGGAGGACGAAAGUGUUUUCCACCUGAGCUUGCAGUCCACUGAGUCUAAAGACAGUGAUGAAUGGGACAACACCUUUCAGGCAGCUUUGCAAAAAACCACAACCGAGGAUAAACGUCUCGCAUGCCUUACGCAGGUACAUAUAAACCUUGAGGACCAAGGGUACAAAGCCCAGCUGGACACAGCUCUGAAUACUGUGUUGGAAAGUGAGAAGAUGGAGCCUGGGGAAGCUAAAGAGAACGAGGCUGACGAGAUCAUUCCAGAUCUUCCUCACAUACCACCAUCUUUUGUGGGAAAGACGUGGGCACAAGUAAGGUAUGAGGAUGACUUGAAGAUAGAAUGCCUGGUGAGAGAGUUCCGACAGGGCCGCUUUCGUUGCUAUUUUGACAGUGAGUCGUUGGCUAAUUUUGGGAAGCACCACAGGAAAGAUAAAAAGAGGCGGAAUCAAGAGGAAAACCUGGCUGAUUUUGAUCGUAAAGAUGUUUUGCCUCUUAUUGAGCAUCAUGAGGAGGACUCAAAACACCUACCUGUGUUUAGGAAGACUAGGCAUCGAAUAUACCGCAUGGCAUCACGCUGUCAAGUGGUGAAGGUGAGCCACGGAACGCAAACUGCACCCUUGAACUGCCCUGUAGUGCGAAGGAAAACGUUACCAGAAACUGCCACCUUGCUCAGUAUCUGUGAGACUCAGAAGGACCCGAGUCCUGAGAGGACACCAGACAUGAAAACAAGAAUGUGUGCACUCAAGCUCCCUGCAUCUUAUUGUAAGAUUAUGAGUCCUCUACAGCCUAAAACUGUGGUUUACGUUCUUUCCUCCCCAGAUGGUGGACAGGGUUCCUUUAAGCCCACUCCAGCUAAAAGAGUGGGUAGAAAGCGGAAAUCAAGUGAUGAGGAAUGUACGCUUAAAUACAAAUACAAAAAGACUCCUCUCAAGUAUUAUGACCCCCUGACCAACAGAAUACUUAAGACUCCACCUAGAGGGAUGCCCUCAACCCCUACUACAAAGUCUUUCUCCCAUGUUAGACAGUUAUUCCGUAGCCUCAGUCCAGACAUCAACAAGGAACUCCACGGUCCAGCGCAGGGACGAUCACCUCGAGGCUCUAGAAAGGGUCGGGGUGAGAGUAGUAUGGCAGACCUUUGCGCUUCUACCUCUGGCUCUUGGUUGGACAGUGGGGGCCCCUCUGAGCCCGGCUCUUCUGUUUCCAGCAGGAAGGGCCUGUUCAGCCGAUCCUCCAUCUCCAGCAGCAGCUGUUUCCUCCUUGGACAGAUAAGGUCCUCUGCAUCCCACACAGGCAGCUCCUCGAGAGCAAAACCUCCUUCCCAUACAGACGGUUCUCUUAAGGUUCCAGGGACUAAGCCAAAAGCUGACCACGCACAGGCAACUAUGGACCAACCAGCAAGCAGACGCCGCAAAGCGGGGCAGAGAGUUGCAAAAAAAGCUCUGACUCCUGCAAAGAAACCAUCCUCACCUCCUUACAGGACCAAGCGGAAGUCAGCCAAAGCCAGGGCAAGGUCUAGGACUGUUCUCCAGCGUAAGGUCAACACCUGUAAUGCUUCAGGAUGCAGAAUGUCCACCCGGAACAAAAACUCGACCAGGGCUUCACCCAGAUCAUAAACAUCUCGCCCCCUCACUGUAUCCACUGGAUUCACAACUUAGCAGCGUACCCCAUCGGGUUCGGUGCCAUUAAGCUGUUAAAUUAAAAGCCAGCAUUUUAGCUUAACCUCUUUUAUAUGCGCGAUGAAGAGACGUGUAGGCAAAGAGCAAAAUUCGUUCUCUAUCGAUUAUUAUAUAAUUUUGCACAGCUGGAUUUUUAGGUGGAAUUCAUGUUGUCUGUAUUUCUUGUUUUCUAGUCAAAUCAAUCUUCUUCUUCUUCUUUUUUUUUUUUUUUUAAUGGUCAAAGGGAAUAUUUUAAAAAGUUUUUUAAUGAAUAUUUUUGUCCAGCGGUUAAAUAUUUAAUAAUGAUUGCACAUUAAAGUUUAUUAUAUAAAUAUA